GCACGUUCUUAUCUUUGAAACUCUUCCACCUCACACUUAACGUGGUCGUUAGCGGUCCUCUGCGGAGAGCCCCUCCCGGCUCAAUCCUGAUUGGUUAAAAGAAAGGUCCCAAGGAAGACUGAGGGCAGGUCCAGAAGGGCAGGAAACUGGUCACAGGCUCCUAUGAGCCUGACUGCCCCUUUCCCUGUUCCUAUGCUGAGAAUCUAACCCAGGGCCUCAUAUAUGCCAGGCUAGUGCUCUGCCCCACCCCACAGCUGUCCCACAGCCCAUGGAGCCAAGACCUGCCACCAGACACAAGGAGAAUGUACCCCCAAAGACUGUGACUGUCCUGGGGCCAGAACUGAAGAGCCCCUGGAAGAACCUGGACAUCAGCCUGGGGAGUGGAGGAGGCCGGAGGAUGCCCGUAUGCCAGGCCACCACAUACUCCCAAGGCUCAGUGCUAUGCCAGAAACCCUACCAAGUCCAAAGUAAUCUGGCCAGCCCUCGUCCCUGCCUGGCCCUUGCCCUGAAGGACACAACUGGCCAACCAGGUGACACAGGUCUCUGGCAGCAGAGUAACCUACAGCUUCCAGCAGGGAGGUCCCAGGGGAGGACCCGUGAGCCCUUCACACAGCAGAGUAACCUGUGCUUCCAAAGGACCACGAGCCCCCAUCUACAGAACAGCUGCCUGUCACCAAGUGGCCCAUCCUCCCACCAGAGGCAGACACACCAGGUCACAGACACCCCCUGCUUAGACUUGAGGCUCUCUGGGGGCUUGAAACCUCUCGAUGGGUACACAUGGCCUGACCCCAGUCCCUGCUAUGGUUCAGGGAGCUGGGCACCCAGGCUUGUGGGGCAGCCCCUCACCUUGGAGGACCUAUCUGUCUCUGCCCACAGCCAGUCUUGGGCCCAUUUCCGUUCUUCAUGCAGCACUGACCACUGGCUGCUGGACUCCAUCCAACACCUAGGGCCUGAGGCAACCUGUUCAAGGAGCCAGACAUCCCAGGAACACCCAGGCCCUACACAGAGGGGCCCCCACACUGGUGGUAGCCAGUCCACCCCUGCCCAACCUUGGCCCAGCCACCCCAGGGAAAGUGUAAGCCUCCUGGAGACUCUUGGGGUCCAAGCUAGACUCUCAGAGUCCCCUGUAUACAAACCCUUGUCACAUGAGGCCGUUCCCACUCUGGAAACAUUGGCUGGGGAUUCCUCUGACUCAGACCAGGAGGUCCUUUCUACCCAGCACCUUGGGGCAAGAGAGAGAGGCUCCCCAGGCCUUCCAUAUAACAAGAGGAACAGAGGGCACUUCAGGGUCACACGAGAGGCAGGUAGCAGAGAGGCCAGAACUGAAUCUCCAGCCUUUAUCAGUGUCCUGCCUGGGCAGGAAGGAAGAGAGAAGGCCCCACCGGAAAUGGCAGGCAGGGAUGGGAAGAAGAUGGCCUCCUGCCCAUCAAAUGGAGCCCCAACUGAGAAUACUCUGCAGAACAAGGCUCAAAGCACUGGGAGCUCAGAUCCCCAGGCAGCUUGCCAGAAGCUGCUGUCCAGAAGUUUCAGAGCCUGGAGGAGGCACUUGUCACAGAGGCGCCAGGCAGCAGCUAAGGCCAUAGCUCUGAGCCACAGGCAGCUGGUUCGAAAAAGCCUCAGAGUACUGAGCUGGGUCCUACGGCUCCAGGAGGCCCGAUUGGAGGCAGCAUUGGAUCAACAUGCAGAUAGCCUGCUGGCUUGGAGCUUCCAAAAGGUCUGUGUUCUCCAGGUUGGGGUUUGGGGGCAAUGCCAUGGCUCUGGUAUGUCUGAGAGGAGGGCUACAUCUACUGAGAGGGCAUCUGCUGGGCCCAGGGUGCAGCUCAUGACUCAUCUCUCCAGCUCCAGGUCUGCUGUUUUUUAUUAGUGAGUUGCUAGCUUGGCCUGAGAGGAUGUGCGGAUGUUCUUCCUCCUUGGGUACUGAGUGAGGGAGGAAGGUUUGCUUCCAAAGGAAAGUUUUGUCUCUUGGGAUUCUUGCUGCAUUCCGUCAUUCCUGAGGAAGUGGGGUAACGUUAGGUUAGGACCGGAGCUUUGGUGGCUGAUGGGAGUCUCAUUCCAGGCCUCAGCUGGCAUCCUUCUGCCCGUUGUCUUUUGACCCAGCUCUUGCAGCAGAAACAGGAGCAACC